AUGGAAGAACUUGAAACUUUCUUCGUCAACCCAGAGGACUUCAGUCAGGUCUUGCGGAUAGGAAAGUCAUUGUCCUCCAAAGCGAAGGAACAAAUGAUUAGCUUCCUGAAAAUGAACAUGGAUGUCUUCGCUUGGAAGCAUGAAAACAUGAAGCCGAAGGAGGUCCAGAGCCUCAAUGGUCAGAUAGCUGCGCUCAGCCGCUUCAUCUCUAGAGCCACUGAUAAUAGCCUACCCUUCUUCAAAGUGUUGAAGCAAGGGAAGAAGUUUCAAUGGACCGAUGAGUGCGAGGAAGCCUUCCAAGGGCUAAAGAAGCACUUAGGAAAGGCGCCUCUGUUAUCCAAACCUAAACCACAUGAAUCACUACGCUAUACUUGGCGGUCUCGGCAAAGCACUACUCUCCGCAGAAACCCGUUACCCGGACAUGGAAAAACUGGCACUCGCCCUCAUCACGGCGUCAAGGAAACUGAGGCCAUACUUCUAGGCCCACUCAAUCAAAAUUCUCACCAACUUCCCAUUAAAGGACAAGCCCUUGCAGAUUUUGUGGUUGAAUUUGCCAUAGUGCCAGAAAUGGAGGCAGCAAUGAAACCAGCCGGGCCCCCAACAUGGCAUUUGUUCGUGGAUGGAUACUCUGGAAAAACUGGCUUCGGAGCUGGGAUCGUCUUGGAAAGCCCGAAAGGCCACAAGCUAAAUUGCGCAGUAAGGUUUAGCUUUAAAGCCUUGAACAACGUUGCCGAAUAUGAGGCCCUUCUAGCAGGCCUUAGGCUCACAAAAGAAAUGCAGGUCAAAAGGCUCCUGGCAAACAACAACUCUCAACUUGUGGUAAGUCAGGUCAACGGGAACUUUGCCGCCAAAGACAGUAGCAUGGCAGCAUAUUUAAAAUUGGUCCUGGACCUAAUCCCACAUUUCGAGAGGUUCAAAUUAAUUAAAGUCCCUUACCUCGAGAACACUCAUGUGGACGCCCUAUCAAAAUUGGCCAGCAGCAAAAACUCAAAGCUGCUAAAGAUAGUCUCCAUUGAACGCUUGUCGAAGCCCUCCAUCUCCGGAGGUGAAAAGUUGUUAUGGAUAGAAAGUAUCCUAGUAUGGAUGCAACCCAUCAUGGUCUAUCUUAAGGAUCAAUCACUACCAGCUUCAAGAAGGGAGCUGGGGAAGUUAAGAAAGAGAGCCGCGCACUUCGUCUUACAUGAGGAUGUCCUCUACAAAAGAGGCUUCGCCUCACAACUUCUCCAAUGUGUAGGAGGGGAAGAAGCCAUGUAUAUAUUCAGGGAGGUCUACAAGGGGAUCUAUGAAAAUCACUCCGGGGGAAUGGCUCUAGCACACAAAGUGCUCCGACAAGGCUACUUCUGGCCAACCCUGAAAAGGGAUACUUGCCAAUUCGUUCAGAAAUGUAAUAAGUGCCAGCGCUUUUCAAAUAUUCAAAGAUAG